UCUUCUGUGUUAUUUUUACAGUUAUGGGUGGUCUCCUGAUCCGUCAGCUGUGUUUCCUGCUGAUCAGCAUGUUGUUCUGUCAGAGUCCGGGUGUCAGCGGCCUGUUUGACUGGUUGAGACAGACAGACGCUCCUUCAAAAGCAGCAGCAGCAGCAGCAGCACAUCCUCCAGUAGCUCCGGCGCUGCUUGCAAAAGAUGCUCAGUUCGAGAUAGCAACCGCAGACGAGAAGUUUUUGUCUGAGGCAAAGCACAUGGAGAUCAGCCCGCUAGACAGCUGUCAUUAUAGGGUGGUUGCCCGUCUGAAGGCGAGCUGUGACGGCCUCUCAGAGGAGCAGCUUGCCAAACUCGGCGUCGUUCUGUUCAACUGCCAGGCAGAGAGUGAGGGACGCCUAACCUACGUGUGUACAGAGGAAAUGACUAUAAAAGAGUGCACAGCAGACAUGGAUUCAGACACAUGGAACGCCUACCACAUAGUGAGCAACCGAGCGCGCUCAGUUUGCUACGCGACUCGACAGCAGCUCUUCAGGCGCAGAGCUGAGCACACGGUGAACGCUCUCAUCUCCACCGCCACCAAUCAGCUCGACGCGAUGAAGGACCUGAAGGAGGGCCAGUUGGAGCUGAAGGAGCUGACCGCAGCCUCCCUGAACAAGCUGCUGGACGGUCACAGCGCCCUGCAGGAACAACAGGGGAAACUGUACGAGGGUCAGGAGCAGAUGGAGAGCUCACUGAGGAACAACCUGGAGCGUCUGGGUCAGGAGAAAGCUCUCAUCGCCUCGGGACAGGAACUUGUCGCCCAGCUCAUUCACGGCAUCACGGAGAAAAUGGAAAAUGUGAGCGAGCAUCUGCAGAUCCAGGGCUCAGAGGUGCAGGACAACCACAACGCCAUCGUCAAAGACCUCACAGACGUCAGACACCAAGCUCAGGACAUCUACCAGAAGAUUGAUCACAGCAUGUCGGAGUUCCUGCAGUACCAGGACCAGACCUCCCAGUACUACACGGACCUGAUGAACAAACUGGAGCGCAUGAACAGCACACUGGGAUUCCUGCUGCACUACCUGGAUAACAUGCAGAGCCGCAUCGAGGAAAGGCUUCUCACGAUCCAGGGCUACCUGGGCUGCGCAGGUUUGAGUCUGACAGCCAUGUGGACGUGUGUUGCACAUACAGGAUACUUUGUACUGUGCGCGGUCCUGCUUACGUUCCUGCGUUGUCCUGGUUUCUCCCGAGCCAUGCUGCUGCUCACCGUUCCUUUGAACGCUGUGGCCGAGGUCAACCAGCAACCAGCGCUGGAUCUGACUGGCCUCAGCCUGCUGAUGCUCACGCUCUCUCUGGGUUACUGGUUCGUGAAUCGGUUGUGCGCCUGUUUCCAGUCCAAAGGGAAGCCGGCCGCUCCUCUUCCACUAGCCCCCUGUGACAUCGUGAAACCAGAGAAGCAGCUUUUUUCAUCCUGCCACUCAUUUCCACCGUCCUCCACACCAGAGAAAGAUGAGAAAGACGGCUUCAUGGAACAAGACGACUUGCUGAAUCAGGACAGCUUCAUAUCAGGCGCCCUCGGCAUAUCAGCGGUGUCCCCUCCCCACAGGAGGCCAGUCCCAGGGUCCAGAUUCACUCCGAUUAUUGGCACACCCAAUCACUCAACUCCCCGGCUCGUCCAACAGCUGCUUAUUUCAGGGGCUCUGGUUGAUAGUAUCCCCCUGAGGAACCUUGACGGUUUUGAUGCAGUGAACGACUCGCGUGAUUUUGGGAACGACUCCCGGAGUGCGAGUCCUGCACCGUCGAUGGUCAGCAACAGCUCUCUGUCAGGCCGUCAGCUGUGCAAUGGCAUCACCAAAACAGGAAAAGCGUGUAAGAAGAGAGCCGUGCCGGGACUGGAGUACUGCAGAGUCCAUGAAGGGGGGCUCACCUCAUAUGUUCAGUCCUGAUAUCCUCAGAUAUUUUUAUUAUUAUUUUUAUCUGCAAAAUACGGUACCUGUACCUGUUAUUGUGAUUCUGCCUGUUCCCCUCUAACAUUAAGUUGCUUGUAAGCACUACAUUUGAAAUGUUUGAAUAUACUUAUAUAUUUUUAUGUCAUGUUUUUAACACUGUAUUUUUUUUAAGUUAAUAAAUUAUUUCUGUACCUAUGA